UCCUCAAAAAAAAUCCCAACACUUUGAUUAUUGCUGCAGAGAGAGGGAGAGAAUGGCGUACAGCGCGUGCUUCUUACACCAGAGUGCCCUGGCUUCCUCCGCCGCCGCAGCACGAUCGUCCUCCUCCUCAUCUCAGCGCCUCGUGGCACCCCCCAGGGCUGUCCAGAUCGUGUGUAGGGCCCAGCAGUCGUCGGAGGAAGACAACUCCUCCGUCUCCCGCCGUCUUGCUCUCACUCUCCUCGUCGGCGCCGCCGCCGUCGGUUCCAAGGUCUCCCCCGCCGACGCCGCCUACGGUGAAGCUGCAAAUGUGUUUGGAAAGCCAAAGUCGGACACAGACUUCUUGGCGUACAGUGGGGAAGGAUUCAAGCUAGUAAUCCCAUCGAAAUGGAACCCGAGCAAAGAGGUGGAGUUUCCAGGCCAAGUCCUGAGGUAUGAAGACAACUUCGACGCCACUAGCAAUGUCUCUGUCAUGGUCACUCCUACCGACAAGAAGUCCAUCACCGACUUCGGUUCUCCCGAAGAGUUCCUCUCCCAGGUCAACUACCUGCUCGGGAAACAGUCUUUCUUCGGCAAGACUGAUGCUGAGGGUGGUUUCGAUGGCAAUGCUGUGGCAUCUGCAAACAUCCUGGACACAUCGUCCCAGGAUGUCGGAGGGAAACAGUACUACUACUUGUCGGUGCUGACGAGAACGGCAGAUGGGGGCGAAGGCGGGAAGCACCAGCUGAUCACAGCCACCGUUAACGGCGGGGGGAAGGUCAUCUGCAAAGCACAAGCUGGAGACAAGAGGUGGUUCAAGGGAGCCAGGAAAUUCGUCGAGAACACUGCAAGUUCCUUCAGUGUCGCAUGAGGAAACGCACGCUCUGCUUUCUUCUCCUAUUGUCUAUUUGUAAAAAUACCCUUUUGAGAACCUAUCAAAGAUGAUGUUCCUGUUCGGCUAUGAUUGAAAACCCACAGAAGGUGAACCUGAUGCAUGGUCUA